AUGGUGGCCAGCUCUGUCCCCCAGGGUGGCACGCAGGAGGUGACAUCGCACGUGCAGGGGCUGAUGCAGCAGAUGCAAGCCCGCUUUGAGGAAAUGUCGAAGUGCAUCGUCACUCGUAUCGAUGAGAUGAACUCCCGCAUCGAUGAACUCGAGCAGUCGAUUGAUAAUCUAAUGCAACAAUCUGGCGGAGACCAAGGUGAAAAACCCGCGGCACGGUCGAAAAAGUGA